UCGGGGCUUUGUAUGCUUUAGGGUUUAGAGGCAGACCGACUGCUGUUAGAGAUGGAGGGGUUUUCUAAACUAUUUGGUUUCCGGACAUUUGGGGAUAAAGAAAAGAUGAGCUUUAAAAAUCAGGUAAAUAUAACAAAAACACAAAUCAAUUUGUCUACAAUAUUUUUUUUAAUAUUCUUUGAAGAACCUGAGAAUCGGAUGUUUGUGUUUAAUUUUUGUUGCAGUAUCGCAAACUGCCACUGGGUGUCACUGUGGUAAAUUUCACAACACGGCAUGACGGUAGAAGAAGACAGUUUCAUAACAAAACGUCACAUCCUGUAACCGCUGCUAAAGGGAAUCCUCCGCUGGACGUUGCAGAAAUGUUGCGAUUAGCUGCGACAUCUCUGUGUCUGCGGUGUCAGCGCAGCCCGUCUUUACGCCUCAGGGUCCGCCCAUGUGCCACGCUCAACCAAUCAGAGAACCAGGAGACCGUAGACGCUCUCUAUGACCUUUCUGUGGACAUCCAGAAGGUCCGGAAACUGAAGGGAUGGGUGCUUCAUCGGAGCCCAGCUUACGCUAAGGAGGUGGCCGGGCUGCUGAAGGACAUGGGGGCUUCAGGAGCUGUUGUUGCCAGAAUCUUGGCAGUUCACCCUGAGGCUGUGCUUCACACUCCGGAGCAAGUGAGGAGUCAGAAGGAGCUGUGGAUGUCUGUGUGUCCCAGUCAGAGGGACCUGGUUGGGAUCAUUGAGAAGUUCCCCGCCUCCUUCUUCACCUCUGCGUCCCACCGGGACAACCAGCGGAGUAACAUCGCCUUCUUCCUGGGUCUCAGCCUCAACAAGCGAGUCGUCACCAAGCUCAUGGCCGGCGCGCCGCAGAGCUUCAGCCGACCGGUGCAGCAGAACCAGGAGGUGGUCUGCACCCUCCAGCAGACCUACCUGGAGCUCGGCGGAGAGGAGGCCAACAUGAAAGUCUGGCUUCAGAAGCUGCUGAGUCAGAACCCAUUUGUUCUCCUCAAGCCACCAGAGGUGCUGAGGCAGAACCUGAUGUUCCUGAGGGGGCGGGGCUUCAGCACAGCAGAGCUCCUGCGCCUCUUGUCCAAACUGAGAGGCUUCGUCAUCGAGCUGAACCCCGACAGCAUGCGCCGCAGCCUGACCUUCGCGCAGGACGCCAUCGGCUGCACCGAGGCAGAGCUGCGGGACCUUGUCCUCAAGUGUCCGGCGCUGCUCUACUACCCAGAAUCCACUCUGGCUGAGCGUUUCGGAGGCCUCCUCGGCGCUGGGAUCAGCAUGUCUCAAAUCACAGAGACCCCGACCAUUCUGGAGCUGACGCCGCAGAUCGUCAGCUGUCGCAUCCGUCAGCUGGAGGCGCGUGGUUAUGACGUAAAGAGCGGCGGUCUGGAUGCGCUCAACGGCACCAAGAAGGACUUUGAACGGAGCUUUGGAAAACUGCAGCUGCGUGGAGAAAGGCCGCUCUUUAACCCGGUUGCUCCUCUGAGAGGAGACGACUGAGGCGAAGUGCUGAAGGCCGGCUGUGUUCAGCAGUGACUGUAUGAUCAUAAAUGAUGUGUUAUUGUCUGUUAUGAUGCCUCAACGUCUGAAACAUCUGAGAAUGACGUAAAGACUGGAAGCCUCAGAAUCUCCUCUCAGAUGAAAGUUCUGGUUUUUCUGCUGCUGCCAUUUUUAAAACCAACCAGUGAAAAAGCUGUUUGCUUUUGCAAUGACCUUUUUUUUAAAAAUUGUUUUUUGUUUACAUGGUGUGAAAUUAUUUUGUAUUUACGUGAAAAAGUAUUUUAUCUUGCGAUUCUUUUGUCUUUGCCAAACUUUGAGGGAAAAAAAGCUCAGAAAUCAAAAGAGCAACAAUAAAAGAUUCAAAUCAAAAACGGUUACGAGAGAUUUUUAGAGUUAGAACGUAAAAGGAAGUAAGCUCUGAUCUGAUUCUAUCUUAUGGCCUGGUUUUACUUUUCUACUUUAGUCUGUUUGCUAACAAAAACAGAUUAAAAUAAAGAAUUUAGGGAGAAGACGUAAAUGCUGAUAAAGAUCAUUUCCUAUAAAUCGAGACCAUGAAGACUGUGGAAAACAUACACAUAGUUACUGAACUCUAAAUAUAAUUUCUUGAACUUAUUGUAGAAUAAUUUGUGGAAACUACACAUAAGAGCGUUAUACUUUCUGAAAUGUUUUAAACCAGAAGUAACCAUCAUAAAGUGCUAUCAAGUUCUUCUUGUUUCUUUGAAACAUUAAGUUUUCUGAACUGACGUUCUGUUUUUCUGCUUUUUUCCUCAGUCUGCUCCGUGUACCUGGGUUAAAAUGACUUCUUAAAAUUCCUCCUUUUCUUUUGGCACACCUGGUUCCUCCUGUGAGUCAGCGACAGGUUUGCUUCACAUUCUGACAUUUUGAGGUUUCAGAUAAAAACUUCAGCGACCCGAGAACAUCUGGACCUCAGUGACCCGACAACAACUGGACCUCAGAGACCCGAGGAGAACAUCUAAACCUCAGUGACCCGAGGGGAACAUCUGGACUUCAGUGACCCGAGGAGAACAUCUGGACCUCAGUGACCCGAGGAGAACAUCUGGACCUCAGUGACCCGAGAACAACUGGACCUCAGAGACCCGAGGAGAACAUCUGGACCUCAGUGACCCGAGGAGAACAUCUGGACCCGGUGAGCCUGGAAUGAAGUCCACACUUGAUGGAGCUCUCAGCCCCGUUGGGUGAGAACCGUUGCGUCGUCUGGGUGGGCGGAGCCAGAGGCUUCCAUGUUUUGCUGCAUUACUGUCUGAAACGGUUUGAUUUUUGACCGACAUGCAGCCUGACGGACUGAAGACCGCCGUAUCUACUAUAACAGAAUUCACUUCCUAAAGCCCUCAGAUCCAUAACAGCACCUUUAUUCUAACAGUAAAACUAAUCAAUAUUAAAAUGAUUAUUUCCAGUAUUGAAGAUGGCGGGUCUGUCCACGUAAAAUGUCUUCAACUUAAUGACAUUUCUGGGAUUGAAACAGAUCAGUUUCCACUCUUCUCUGAAAGACGGCGCCACUUACUGGCUAAUAUUUACAAUUACAACAAACACUCAACUGUUAGAAUAUUUCCCCCAAAUACCUUUUUUGUUCUUCUACAGACUAAAAUAAUUUAAAUUUAAAAAAAAAAAAAAAAAUCGGUACAUAAAGUUUUAGUAUUUUUUGCUAAAAAUUAAAGGCUUGAAGAUUUUAUUUUAGACAUUUAAAAUCCUUUUACUGAGACAGUUAUGAUAUAAAUCAAACAGGAAAUGAUUUUUGUUUAAGUACCAGGAUUCACAACAAUACUUCAGACAUAAACAUCAUUUAAAGUCUUAAUAACUUAAGGACUUAAAUCAUUUUAAUGAAGCAAAGAUGCAGUAACAGAAAAAUCAGCUGUGAAAAUAAACAGACAACUUAUUUUCCAAAUAUGAUGUACUUUGAUAAAAAGAGAAAAAAAA